AUUACUCGUUACAUAAAUUAUGAAACAUGGCCGCAAGAAGAGGAACGGGAGUCUCGCCGGCGUCAACUUUUACUGGAAACAAGUUUUCAAAUGAUGGAAGUUUCUUGGAAAUGUUUAGAAAACAGAUGGAACAAAAGGACCAACAAACUACACACGCAAACAAUGAAACUGAUUCCUCAAAGUCAGAUAAAUCUUCCUCUUCCGUCUGUCAAGAAAGUUCCGUCUCGGCUCCGACAACGACAGACAAGAAGCCAGUUAUUUUACCUAUUGUAGGGAAGAGGAAAGGCGCUAAUCGUCCACUCAAAACUGGUAUUGUGGCCAAGAAACCAAAACCAGAGAAAAAAGAGGAGGAUUCUGACGGUAGCGCUUGGUCUAAGUAUUUAGCUGAAGUGAACGAGUAUAAGUCUAAGAUGUGCAUGGAUGAGGAUAAAAGCAGGCCACUAGUGAAAUGAAUAGUCAAUGCAAAGUGAGUAUAAGGAAAAUAUCUACCUGCUAAGGAAGCAAAUGGUUUAGUUGGAAGUGACUGUUUUGCCACCUCAUGGAAGAUGUGAUCACCAUUUGCGACUUCAAAAAGUUUCUUUUGGCAUAUCAACCUCAAAUUUGAUGGAAAUGUUGACAUCAGUACCUGGGGCAAGGAUCAAGUCUAAAGCACUACGGGUCUGCAGUACACAGAUUUCACCAAGAUUUGAAUAAACGUAUUAACAUGGUUAGAAAGUGUGCAAAUUAUUUGGGAGAUAUACCGGUGAUCAUGCUGUUCAUGCAGAAAGGGCUAGAUGUGUUUGCACUGUUAAGUAAUCUAAUGGCCAAAGGUAGUCCUUAAGACUUUUAUUUAGUGGUCAUUUCCUCUAAUAUUGGAUGUCAAAUAUGCACCUAAAACUUGCACAAAAAAGUUUCAAUUUUUGGAAACCCCAUAAGUGUGGCCCAGUACUUCGUGGCUGCCUAAGAUCAGCAGUCCAUCUUGUGUAGUGCACAUAAAGUAUGAUAUAUUAGUGUCAUUGGUUAUCCUACAGAGUCUCUGUAGUACCAGCUCAUUAAACUCAAUAAACUCUCAAUACCUCAGUGGAAAUAGCAUUAAAUAUUACCAGUAUAAACACUAAAGUUAACCAUAUCCUUAUCAUGACAAUCUUAUUUACUGGUGCAGGGGGUAGGGUGGUGUGAGAUUAUGUAUUCAAUAAUCAUUUUAAAUUCAUGCAUUCAAUAAUCAUUUGACACUUUGACUCAUUGAUAACAUAUUUCAAAAUUCUCUUUUCAUUUUUCUUACCCAUUCAAUGCUGAAUCUGAUCCAUUGUCAUCUCUAAAUCUUACCAGACUGAAACCAAACUUUAUAUAAAGAUCUACAAGAUAGUGAUAGAAUGUACCUCAAAAGCCUUUUAUACGAGAAAUUGCUAGUGGUCUUUAUUUGAUUGGGAGGGUGUGUACUUUCAUGUAAAUUGCGUAAUGACAAAAUGAAUCAGACUGCCACUUGGAGGAAUUCCUGGUAUACUGUCAGUUUCAAUUUCUGUUUUUUUUUUUUUUUUAUUUAGUUAUAUGUCAUGAUCAUAGAUCUGUCUUCAUAUUACAACAGCUCAUUUUAGAGAAGAAAGCUUAUGCUGUGACAUAAAUUUUGCACUCUAGAUUUAUAGUUUUUUGUUGGAUUGCACUUGUUACAUAGACAGCAUUAUUUGUAAAUAGUGAAUAAUUCAUCCAUUAAACUGCUGAUGCUUUUGUAAUAUACGGUACCACAGUACAGACAUAUAUCAGUGAUGGAAGUUCAUUGUGAAAAAGAUCUCUUAAAAUUAUGGAUUUAGCUAUCAUAAAUAUUUUACAAGGACUUUUCAUAGUUUUUGGUAACACAUUGCAAUUUGUCUUCUCUACGCAGUUUAAGUGUAUGUCUAAGUAACUAUGAAAAGUUGUUAGAUUAAGAAGUAUAUUGUUCACUUGAGAAUGUAUUGUAAAAUAAAGGUAUAGAAAAAUAGGGAAUCCUACCACUUUUUUUCUGUAUAGAUGCUUUGGAAAGUUGUUUUCAUGUGAAAAUUGUUACAUAUAGCUGUAUUUCUUCAGUAUUCAUCAAACUCUAUGAAAAGGUUGUAGACUUUAAUAGGAAAUGUUGGAAAAAUAAAGCAUGAUGAAUGUCCUCACUCCUGUGAGUAAUCAGCAUCAUGAGUAGUGUGGGGAUAAAAAUCCUGAGCUAUAAGAUGUAAGAAACUUCUUCAGUUUUAUUUGGAUUGUUCUCAAAUUGUUAAAAGGCAAGCAAUAUGAAGGAAGGAAAAUGUUAAGUGAAAAUACCUCUUUCAGAAAUUCUUCUUGGAGUAUUUAUAAUAUCAAGUGCUGGGAUUCUCUACUAACAGAACCCUAUUUAGAAAACGGAAUUGAUAUCUUAUUUUUUAUACACAUUCAAUCAUUCCUAGUAAGUACUUUACUACAUUAGAAAAUGUACUGUGGAGUGUUUGGAGUUGAUCAAAUUUUACUGCAAUACUCCCCGAAUGAUGAUCUGUUUGGUAUUUGUGAACCUGCUGGACAGACAACCUAUCAGAUUUUUUUGACAGCUGUUUAUGUUUUUAUCUUGUUCAGACGAAGUGUUUAUGUAGAUUGAUAAUAAAUUGUUCAGAUCUUUGUGAACAUGUGACCUUGCUGUGUGAGGUUAAUAUAUCUAGCAUAACUGCAGCCAUUUCACAACAUUUUUGUUGCUCUUUUUAUUAAACGCAUCCUCCGAGAUGAACAUGUUUUGUUUAGCAUAUGUGUUGAAGAGGUUGUAAGUGUUUUCAUUGGUCAAUAUAAUAACCCAUGAUAUAUGAAUGUUAUCACAGAAACAAGAUAUUGCAUGUUGUAUUGCUGAACUAUUUGUGGUAGGUCUUCAUCAGUGUCCCAAACUUUAAAACAAAUUUGAAUCCAAUGAUUUCAUUUUCAAUUGAAUCCAAGCUUUCCUCUUUUUGAUAAAGUAUUAAUAAUUUGUCUCACAUAAAUUAAUAUACCUUGGUAUAAGUUGAAUAUGAUUCUUUACUGCUUGCCAACUAUUCACUUAAAUUUGAUCAUCCCAAUAUGAUGAAGUAGAGUUUACAAUGUUGCUUUUUAGUCUUCUUCUGUUGUUGUCUGUAUUUGAAAUUGGGUUCUGAUGAGUAUGCCAUAUACAAGUGUUUCUGUUAUUUAUUGGAAUAUUUGUCUCUUACAUUUCCUCUUGCCGUUAUUCUUUAUGCAUGUAUUUCAAGCCUUUAGGGAAUGUUGUAAUUGGAAAGAUUGUUGUUUUUGUUAAAAUUUUCUAAGUGGAUUCAUCUUUAAUUGUAUAAUGUGGUAAUGUAUGACUUCAGCAAAAAUUUCAAUUUUAAGGAGAAGUUAGUUGAAUAGGAAUACUUUUUAAAAUACGUAUACGCAUGCAAAUUUUUGUUGAUGAAGUCAUCACAACUCUUGCCCUUUCUUACAUGAUUUUAAAGAAGGAAGUGGAACAGACCUUAUGUCUUAGUUCUUGGAACCAUGCAUGGCUGAACAACAAUCGAACCGUUACAUUCCCCGAGUGAAAUACAAAAGGCUUAAUGUAAAAAUAAUACCUACCAAAAUAAGCUGAAGUUGAUGGUUAGGAGCUCAAAAGAAUUAUAUAAUAUGAUUUAUUACAUCAAUGUUCUCAACUGCACAGCAUUACAUUUAGUGAAAAACAUGUGUUUUGUAUCUAUAUAAUAGAUGAUUUUUGUUUCUUAAAUUUAAGUAAAUUGUAUGGUGUAUAAACUGUAUAUAUAUAUAAAUAUACAGGGAACUCUCAAUAACGCAGUAACAUUUAUUCCCAGGACGCGUUUUACUUGUGAGAGUCUUGGUCAACUACGGCAAAUUUUGAUAGAAAUUAUUCGGUUUAUUUCAUCAGAUUAUUGAUAACUGCAGGUCACUUCUUAAAGAAAGUUGAUAGUGAAUUUGAAGAUAUCUAUGAAUUUGUGCUAAUGCCCCUAGCACUUGUUAGAGCAUCAAACAAGAACAAAUAUUUAUUACACAUUGUAAAACUGAUUUGGUUUGAAGUGUUUUUUUGGACAUGAGACGCAAGUGUUCAUUGAUUGUAAAGAAAUAUAUUUUUAUGUACUUGUAUGUUUUAUCCCAACAUGGGUAACUGUUUUGUUUGGUUGAUUUUGUUUUGUUUUUUUCUACAAUAUACAUAUGAGUCAUAACUUGUCACAUUCAAUAAAAACUUCAAUAUCAAUAGU